GAGACGCAUUGUAAGUCCAACAGAAGAAAAAAACAAAGAGAAAUAGAAAUGUCCUCUAAUCCAAUAAUACUGCAGAGUGAGAAGUUGACAAAGUAUAUACUGGAGACUAGCGUUUACCCUCGAGAAGCAGAGACUCUCAAAGAGCUCAGGAAUGCCACUGCAACACACCCUUGGGGCUUCAUGGGUGCUGAUCCUGAUGCGGGUCAGCUAAUGGCCUUGCUCUUGAAGCUGUUGAAUGCUAAAAAGACCAUUGAAGUGGGAGUUUUUACAGGAUACUCUCUUCUCCUCACUGCACUCACCAUUCCAGAUGAUGGAAAGGUUAUAGCCCUAGAUCCAGAUAGAGAAGCUUAUGAGAUAGGACUACCAUUCAUUAAGAAGGCUGGUAUAGAGCACAAGAUCGACUUCAUACAGUCACCAGCUUUACCUGUUCUUGAUAAACUAUUACAAGAAGAUUCAAAUAAGGAUAGUUUUGAGUUUGCUUUCGUUGAUGCUGAUAAAGAUAACUACUGGAAUUACCACGAGCGGCUUCUUAAACUGGUGAAGAUUGGUGGGUUAAUAAUCUAUGAUAACACCCUCUGGGGUGGAACUGUUGCAUGGCCUGAAGAGGAUGUUCCAAUACCCAGAAGAAAAUACAGACAGUCUGUUGUAGCUUUCAACAAAGCCAUUGCAGAUGAUUCUCGUGUUGAAAUUUCUGUUGUUUCAAUUGGUGAUGGCUUCACUAUUUGCAGGCGUGUUCAAUGAACACCAUUUCAGAAUGUUUCGUACUAUGAUCCAAGUUAACUUGACGUACUAUGUUUUUGGUUUUUCAUUCUGCUUUUUUCUGUGGGUGGUUAAAAUUGAUUUCCCUCAAACUGUGGGGCUUAUGAUUUUGACUGUAAUGCGAAUCACCGAGUGUUGCUAUUUACUAUUAAUAAAAUAAAACGUGUGAUUCUUUAUCUA